AUGACAUUGUACAACGACAAUAGCUAUGUCAACCUCAAGAAUGAUAACAAUUUGGUAAUUCAGCCAAAUGAAGAUGCAUUUGCCAACUCGUUGAUUGUGCCCAACAGAGAUACGGGACAUAUCACCCAAAAGAAAAAUCACAGCCCAUGGAAGCUAUUGAAACUUUUACUUGGACACACAGGUCAGGUCACGUCAGUUACGAUGGACCCUUUCAAUUCCUUUUUCGUCACUGGAUCGGCUGAUAGGACCAUGAAAAUUUGGGAUUUGGCAUCUGGAAACCUACAGUUAACGUUAUCUGGACAUAUCAUGGCUGUGAGAGAUAUGGUGAUAUCCCCACGGCACCCCUACUUGUUCUCCUGUUCGGAAGAUAAGACGGUGAAAUGCUGGGACCUUGAGAAAAACGUUGUGAUUAGAGAUUAUCAUGGCCAUUUGAGUGCCGUCUACACGAUCGAUAUCCAUCCCGAGCUAGAUGUUAUUGUUACCGGGGGUCGGGAUUCUUCUGUGCGUGUUUGGGAUAUUCGGACACGAACCCCAAUCCAUGUAUUAACGGGACAUCGGAGUAGUGUCAACAAGGUGAAGUGCCAAAGUAACGACCCUCAGGUGAUAAGUUGCUCGAUGGACUCGACCGUGAGAACUUGGGAUUUGGCUGCAGGUAAAUGCAUGAAAACCUUGACCUUUCAUUCUAAAAGUGUCCGUGCGUUUUGCCUUGACGAAGGCAAUGAAGAGCUUAUAACCUCGUCUAGUGACGGAAUCAAGAAGUUCAAGCUACCCGAGUGCCAGUAUCAGCAGGACCUCCAAUUUUGGAAAAAUCACAAUGUUGUAGAGGAAGGGAAUUUGAUAGUGAAUACCAUGUGCAACAGCACCGAUGGCGUUGUGUUCGCAGGUUGCGAUGGUGGAAAGUUUGCAUUCUGGGAUUGGCAAAGUGGUGAAAUGUUUCAAAAUGAUGUGCAGGUUCCUGUUCCAGGUUCUUUGGACAGUGAAGGUGGUAUCCUUUGUUCCACGUUCGAUCAUAGUGGCGAGAGGUUGAUUACGGGAAACAUCGACAAGAGUGUAAGAAUCUUAAAUAAAGUUAUAGAAGAUUGA